CAUUCACUACACAACCAACAUGGGCUUCUUCAUUCGUUCAUUGGUCGCCCAAAAUUCCAAGCACGUAUGGCGUGCCUAUUCAACUGCUGCCUCGGACACCACCGUUAAGGCCAUGGUCUACUCUUCCUAUGGAAAACCGUCUGAAGUUUUGAGAUGGCACACUUAUCCACUGCCGUCCUUGACGGAUGAUACUGUGCACGUGCGCUUCCUUGCCUCGCCCAUCAACCCAGCUGACGUCAACCAAGUCCAAGGAGCAUAUCCGCUCAAGCCAGCAUUCGAACAGCUUGGUGAUGCCAAGGCAGCUGUGGGUGGUAAUGAAGGUGUUGCUGAAGUAGUUGCUACGGGUAAGAACGUCAGCUCGCUAAAGGUUGGUGACCAGGUUGUGAUGGCACGCAGUGGCUAUGGCACAUGGCGCACACAUGCCGCUGGUCCACCCGAAGACUUCCAGCCGUUGCCCCAAUCCACAAACACAUCGGUCAUUCAAAAGGCCACUAUUACUGUGAAUCCAUGUACUGCCUACCGCAUGCUGAAGGACUUUUCGCCUCUGAAGCCAGGCGACUAUGUCAUCCAGAACGGUGGCAACAGUGCAGUUGGUCAGGCCGUUAUCCAGAUCGCCAAGGCAUGGGGUCUCAAGACAGUGAAUGUGGUGCGUAACAGACCCGAGAUUGACAGUCUCCGUCAGGAACUCAUGGACCUUGGUGCCACGCACGUGGUGACGGACGAAGAGUUGGGCACGCACGAGAUGCGAUCAAAAAUGAAGGGCUGGUUUGACGGAAAGCCUCCGCUUCUCGGGCUCAACUGUGUUGGUGGCAAGAGCGCCACUGAGAUGGCUCGCUAUUUAGGACACAAUGGCCACUACGUGACCUACGGCGCUAUGGCCCGCGCACCCUUGACCCUGCCCGCAUCGAUGCUAAUUUUCAAGAACAUCACCUUCCAUGGCUUCUGGAUGACCCGAUGGACUGAUCAGAACAGCGCCGACGAGCGGCUCAAGAUGUUUGAGGAUCUGGUGGGACUCAUGGACAAGAACCAAUUGCGCGAGCCCCGGUGGGCCAAGGUUGAGUGGAACGAGGAUGCCAUGAAGCACGCGGUCGAUGCUGGCAUCCAAGGUUUCACACAGGGCAAGCAAGUCGUGUUUCCAACUUCGUCGUAAAUAACUAGAUUUCCUAAAAAUAUUUCGUGCAAUUAAAAAGCAGACCUAAAAC